GACCUAGCACUGUGCAAAAAUGAAUAGGUUUCAAGACAAACGUGACAAGGAGGAGGAUUCCUCUAAACUCAACUGCACGAGACGACAUAAUAUUAUGGAGCUGGACCUGGACUACCUGGAGCGCGGGGGCGCCAGCUCGCUGACGGUGGGCGCCCCCAGUGUGGAGCCCAGCCCCGACAGCCUCGACCUCAUCAAGGUCGUGCUGCUCGGCGCUCCGGCUGUCGGCAAGACGAGUAUUAUACAGCAAUUCGUGUGGAGCGACUUCUCGGAGGAGUACGUGCCGACGGACCGGAAGCACACCUUCUACCCCUCCGUUAUCAUCAACGAGCACCUUUACGAGGUGAAGAUAACGGACGUGCCCGUCAUACCCUACUUCCCCAUCAACUCCUACUACGAGUGGGCGCACUACCGGUUCUACGGGCUGCGGAACGCAACAGCGUAUAUCCUCGUCUUCGAUCUAUCCAACGUCGAAACCUUCCAAUACAUCAGAGCGCUACGAGAGCAGAUGGUAGAGAGUCGAGACAUGAGGAACGUUCCAGUGCUAGUGGUUGGGAACAAGCAGGAUCUUCUCUGCAGCAACGUACCCUCAGGAACGACGGGGCUGCAGCAGCUAGCCAUGGCGGAAAGCGCGUGCGUCGAUUCGCGCGAAAAGAGACGGAACAUAGUGAACCUAGUGCGCAAACAUUGGAAGUGCGGUUACGUGGAGUGUUCAGCGAAAUACAACUGGCGGGUCAUAGCGGUGUUCAAAGAGCUGAUGGAGAUGAUAGAUGCCCUGGAGUGGACGUCAGCGGGGAGGGGUUUAGACCCAGUUCCAGAGUUUUCGAUAGGGGGAGGGCCGUCAGAGAACAGCCGCUGUGCGAUUGCUUAGCACCUUUCUAACAUCAAGAUGGUGUUUCGGUCGCUCAGCUUGCCGCUGGCCCGCAUGUUCGACAAAUAAAAGACUUGAUAACGUGUUCAUUGUUUUUGGUGAUAAGCUUCAUAGUCCGAACUGUUGUAUCAUCAGAGAAAUUGAUUCAUAGGCAGCUAUGGCGGAUUUAUUUAGACCACGAAUUGACUUGGCAUGUCUGUGUCGUCUUGUCGUGGUCUGUAGGUUG